AUGAGUGAUUUUCGUAUAGUACUAUUGGCAAUAUGUCUUGUUGGAGGUCUUGUAAGGACUUCCAAUGGGCAGUUAAUGUGUUUUCAUUGCGAUGAUUGCGAUACACGACAAAUGGAGAUUGUGCAAUGUGGACCAAAUCGACCUAUGUUACCGUUUCCGGAUAGUUCUACCCCAACGACAACGGAUCCUCCACUAACUACUACUGUAGCUCCUGAAACUACGACCGCAGUGCCACCGCCAAUACCUACCGUAGAGCCAGAGACAACAACGACAACGAUUGAAUCAACCACAACCAUCCCGGUGACAACUACAACUGUUGAACCUGAUACAACUACGAUUACUCCUCCAACUAUUCCUACCGUUGAGCCUGAUACAACAACGAUCACUCCUCCAACUAUUCCCACCGUUGAGCCUGAUACAACUACUAUAACACCUCCAACAAUUCCUACGGUUGAGCCAGAUACAACUACAAUUACUCCUCCAACUAUUCCCACCGUUGAGCCUGAUACAACUACAAUUACUCCUCCAACUAUUCCUACGGUUGAGCCAGAUACAACUACGAUUACUCCUCCAACAAUUCCCACCGUUGAACCGGAUACAACCACCAUCAGCACCACACCUGGCACACCCAUCUUAACCCCUCCAACGCAUCCCACCUUUUCACCUGUGUCAAGCACGCCAGGUUCUCCAAUUUUAACACCACCGACACAUCCUACCCCACUCCCCGGUGUACCAGUUCCGUUUGCAGUAGUGAUUCCGGUACCUCCCAAUACCACACAGUACGCAUGUCUCUCUGUGCAGCGAGCUGAUGCUAAUAACCGAAUGGUAACCACUAAAGGUUGCGCCCAAUUAAUGGCAAGCGUGCCUCAGACGUGCACGUACGCCACAAACGGAGGACAUAGCAGCUGUUCGGUGUGUCUCGGAUCGCUCUGUAAUGCGUACAACUAG